CAGCAGCAGCAGCAGCAGCAGCCCGCCGGCCUCUCCUCCUCGAGCCAGCUCUUGCCCCUCGUCUGCCGCAUCUCUGUCUCGCCUUUGCGACAUUGUCUCCCCGAUGCGCCCCCGCGAUGCCAGAUAACCUCGUCGCCGAGCCCUCGACGGCUCCCAACCUCGACGACGAUCACGACAGCCUGCGCGUCCUGAACCGGUCGCCCCAUCCGUACCACCACCAGAGCGCAGAGCUUCCCCAUCCAUCCGAGCGAUUCGUCCUGUACCAAGAAACGACCGCGCAUCGCAAUGGCGGCGCGCUGCUGUCGCCGACGCGGUUUCCCGCUCUAUCCAACGAGUCAUCGCCUGCCAGUGAGAGCGGCACAGAGGCCGACGACGAGCACUUCCUCAAGGGGCUGCCCGCGCCCAAGGCGAAGCUGCACAAGGGGCUCAGGGGCCGCAACGAGGUCGUCUCCGGCGCGUCCACCCCGAUUCCCUCGCCUGCCAUCCUGGAGAAGGAUGAGACCAAGGCUCUGAGCAGGGCCCUGGCAAAGGAAGAAAGGGCCAAGCGGCGAGCGCUGGACCUGCGGCGCCGCAACAAGGUCUGGGUGCGCCGGGCCACCGAAGCCGGCAUCGUCGUGACUCUGGGCUGCAUGGUCGCCUCGAACCCUCUUGUCGCCCCGCUCGUUCACGUCUGGUGCCAAGACCUUGAGCUAUUCGGCCUUCUCUGCGGAACGUUGCUGGCUGCUUACCCCGUGCGCGCCGUCGCCUGGGCGUACCGCCAUCGCCACCCGUCGCAAUGGAUCCCGUUCCAGAUUCCCCUUGACUUCGACCCGGCGCCUAUACUAUACCCGCCGACGAUCACGCUACUCGUCUUCCUGCUAGUCUCCGUUAACAAGCCAGUGGCCAUUCUCCCUGGCAUGAUUCUCGCCAUAUCCUCCAUCCCACAAGCGUUGAUACCCAAACUCGAUUACACUGCAUCCUUCGACUGUCUUCACUGGGCAUUGUCAUGCCUACCUCUAGCAUGGGGGCCCUCCAAGGUGAACACGAUGCUCGCCAUCACGGACCCGCUCAUAUCUGUAGAAUCUCUCCUUCUUGUGUACCCUUUGCACCAGACGCUGUGCAUCGUACUUCAUCAUCUUACCACAACAAGUCUUCUAACGGCGGAGCUUCAGUUGUUUUCCGUGGCGCUGAUAUCGACUCUACUCCUGGCUCACUCGCCGCAAAUGCAGAUUCUCAAGGCCCUUCUCUGGGUUGGAGGCUUGGGAACCCUGGUCUCCUGCGGGCCAGUCAUUCGAUGGGGUAUUGCCCUCGCUCGGGUUCCUAGGUGGCGCUUUCGCAGUGGUACCAGCCUCCCGCAUCAGCUUUGGAGAGACAUUCGUGCCACUCUUUGCUGGCCGGCCAUGAAGAAAGGGUUUUGGACUCUCUAUAAUGGGGAGGCGGGCGAGGGGGCCUCCGACGGCAACGACUCGUCGGAUGACGGUGGAUCGCCAGCGUUUGAAAGACCAAGGAGACACCACACCUUUGGGCCAAACGCAGAGGCCGGGCGCGCGGCCGACGGCAUCGACGCGUCUUCCAGAAACGACCAUGAUGCAGCCUUUGGCGCAUUGGCUCGAAGGCAUACCCUGUCCCAGUUGGACAGGCUCGAACGCAGGAAUUCGAUGCACACGCCAUCCGGUCGAAGGAAACGCGCAACGUCCAUUUCGGUGCUGCCUUACCUGCAGUUGACGUACGAGCAAGCGGCUAUACGGAAGUGGAUCUACGCACUCUACGUCUACGUAUCGAUGCUGGCUGUCAUCUUGCUAGCGGUUCGCUGGCACAUACAAAGAUACGCCCUCAGUGGUGAGGAGCCCAUAGGCUGGGGCAUUGGGUAUGCCUUUGGAGGCAUCCCGUGGUUCCGCUUCCAGGUCGUCAAAGCCAAUCUCGAAAGGUGGAUAUGCCUGCCAGAGCGCUGGCCUGCGGACGCGGCGAAGCAGUGCGGAAACGGUUGGGUGCAGCACAUCCGCCACGACGACUUUGGCGAGGCAAACACGCGGCUGAUCCUCACGGCCUACUGGCUGAUGAUCAUCGUCGUCGGCCUAGUCAUUGUGUUUCGGCUCAAGGAGACGUACGAGGUGGACACGAGGCGCAAGGUGUUCCACUUCAUGAUGGUGGGCAUGUUCCUGCCAGCGACCUUUGUUGACCCGACAUAUGCUGCCCUGGCCUUGGCGCUGGCACUGGCCAUCUUUCUGAUUCUUGAUCUUCUGAGGGCGAGCCAGCUGCCGCCACUCUCGAAGCCCAUCGCCUCCUUCCUGGCGCCCUACGUCGACGGCAGAGACUUUCGCGGGCCGGUUGUCAUCUCGCACAUUUUCCUCCUCAUCGGCUGCGCCAUCCCCCUCUGGCUCGCUCUCGCGGCCCUGCCCCGCACCGGGUCCGGCUACCUCGCAGGCUGGGAGAUCCCGACCCGGGACGUGGGCAUGGUGUCGGGUGUCGUAUGCGUCGGGCUGGGGGACGCGGCCGCCUCCCUCAUCGGCCGCCGCUACGGCCACCGCAAGUGGUUUUGGGGCGGCGGCAAGAGCCUCGAGGGCAGCGCCGCGUUCGCCCUCGCCGUCUUCACGGGCCUCGAGGCCGCCACCCUGUGGCUCCGGCUCGGCGGGUGGCCCGAGGUGACGAUCGCGUCUCACCACGACACGCCCGUAGGUGCGCUCGUCGGCGCGCGCAACGCUGCGGUGUGCGCGUCCAUGGCGAGCCUUACGGAGGCGGUCCUCACGGGCGGCAACGACAAUGUCAUCGUCCCGGUGGUGCUGUGGACGUGUGUCAAGAGCCUCGGCGUGUGAAAGGGGUUCGGUCAGAUUUGGUCCUUGUCGUGGCGGGAUGCAUUACACGGCGUUGCGGGAAGGGGAAGGCUGUUCCUAAACAUGGAUGUAUAAAAACAGAGAAAGGACUGGGCCGUCUUGCGAGACGGCGGAGGCUGUUGCGGAUAUCAUGAUGAAGACAUGACUACAAACCUAGAAACGUAUAAACUACUGGCUUUUCCCGUCAGACAUGGUAAAACCUAAUAUAGCAAGCAAAAAUAUAAGUCGAUGCAGGUGUCUGGACAGGACAGCCAAUGCCACUGAC